GGAGUGAAUCAGACACUAUGCGAAGUGCGACUUAACGUCUGGAUAUCAAAAGGUAGAAUAGCAGUCAAGCAGGUCAUCAAUAACUUAUGUUACCAUUGCAAACGGUACAAGGCUCGACCAUUCAUGCUGCCGGAAUUUCCAGCACAUCCGGAAAGAAGAGACCACUAUUUCUACAAAAACGAGAGCAACACCAACUCAAAGUACUGGAUUCUUCUACUUUCCUAUCUGAACACCAGAGCAAUCUACGUGGAAAUCGUUCCCGACAUGUCAUCAGUAACUCUGCUGCAGGCUCCACGUCGAUUUUUCGCGUCUAUUGCAUACCCAAGAUGGAUUCUAUGUGACAACGCCAAAUCAUUUCAAGUCAUCGACGAACUUCAGAAUUCGAUAGACAAGAGCAAACGAAUGGAACGCGACGUGAUUGACUUUUGCACACAAAGGAAUAUUGAAUUCAAGCUCAAACCACGUUUUAGCUCCAGGCAGUGCGGCUUGUAUGAGAAACUGAUCCACAUCUUCCAAAUAUCGACAAUAGGUAAAGAGACCGAAACAAUAGUCAACAGCAGACCUCUCACCUACGUGGAAGAAAACGAUCAGGACACGCCGCUCCGUCCAAUAGACUUUCUGAGCCCUUGGACAACUUUAUCACUCCCUCGGAAAAACGAAGAAACUAGCAAA